AUCAUGCGCCCUACUGCCCUCAACCUAGCGAAAUCCGUUUCCAAGCGGCCCCUCCGGCUGAAAAAGGCUUCCGCCGAACUCUUACCCCCUAUCCCGCAAGUCGAUCCAGGACUCUACCGACGUCUACUCAGGGCUCAUCGGGUACUUCCAGAGGACAUGAGGUUCCUCGGUGAUUCAUACGUCAAGACGGAGUUCCGAGCCACCCGAUCGACGGACAACCCGAUCCAUAUCAUCGGAUUCCUCUCCCAGUGGAAGCUUUACCUGGAUCAGCUGCAGCAGAGCAACUUGAAGCCGGGCGAGGUGUUCAAGGGUCGUGUAUUGCAGGAAGAGUACUUUGACAAGCUCUCCGAUGAGCAGGCCGGCCAGCUGUACGAAUUUAUGCACGCAUCGAAGGAUCUCUGGAAGAGGUUAGUUGUCGCUAUACUCCCCUUGCCCUGA